UCUUAAUGCAAAAAGGUCCACUAAACAUGCUCCUCCUUUUUCUCCCCAAAUAUAUUUAGGGUUUUCCAUUUCUUCCUCAGUUGACGACCAGUCUCGCCUAGGUCACGGCUCUGACUCAGAGAGUUUCUUCUCGUGCUUCUUCACCGUCGCCUAAUUGGUUUGCCACUAUGACCGUUGAAGAAUUUUGAAAGUUUUCUGCUUUGCUGAAAAAGUUUGGGGGUGUUAGCAGCAUACUUAUAUUAUGUCUGGUUAAUGUGGAAGGAACUCUGAUCCUAUUUAUACUUGAGUUUACCCGUUUUACGUGUGAAGUUCAUAAGGUCAUAGAAAACCCUUGAGUACAGCAUUAGUAAGGUCAGACGUUGCCUAGUACAUCGUAGUAUGAUGUGUUGUACCAUGAGCCUUUGAUAAGUGACACUUGGCAUAAAUGAGCAUAACUUGUUUCUGUUAUGACGAAUUCUUGUGAGUAAUGUAAAUUAAUGAGCUGAGCUUCAGGAAGCUUAGUAGCAAACAGAAUCAAUCUUCUUGUGUCUUAUAAAAAAUAGCUAAAACGGGGUCGCUGUGUUGUGUGGCCGCAAGGCCACAUGAAUCACAUACUGCCAGUAGGGACUGGUCAAUGGGUCCAGCAGAGCCAUGCUGGCGAACUAAUACCAGCUUCUCACCACCCCCAUCAAGAUGGGAUUUCCGUUUCCAACCUGAAGAAUUACAAUAUGGUUUUCAUGAUGGUAUUCAGCAAUAUGGGUCUUCUACUUCAUCAAACAGUAAAGGAAGUAGGGGCUGGGUAAGAGGCAACAAUCUCUACAAUCACCACUACUCAGCUUCUGAUGGUGCUGGGCUGUUUUUAAGUGGUUCAUCUGACCUUUCUCAAGGUCCUCAAUGGACACCUCCAGCAAUACAGGAAAUCAGUGUAGAUGAUUAUGAAACUGCAAAAAGGAGAGGUGUGGCUUUGGGGCAUACAUCCUUUAGACCUACCAUGGAGGGAACCUCAGAAAUCCAAGACAUGGGGGGCUCCACCUCAUCCCGUUCAGACAGUGGCGAGUCUGAACCCACUGUCAAGCCGUACCUAUCUUCUCAUCAUACAUAUGCAAGUCGGUGUUCGUUCAUGUCCAAACCUAUUCAUCCCUUGUCCUUUCCUGCACAAACUUCCCCCAGAGAGUCUUCUGAUCUCACAGUUGCUGGGUUUCCAGAGUAUGAUUCUGCUACUCCUCAAAGAGAUGGCCACCGCUGGAGUAGUGCCAGUAGCAGCAUUGAUUUUGCAGAUGUUUCUGAGUCAUUUGAGGCAGAGGUUUCUGGUCGACCUUGUAAUAAUGUAUCUGAUGGUUUUAGAUGUGGCAUGUGUGAAAGGUUUCUUUCACAGAGAUCACCUUGGAGUUCUCGUCGGAUAGUGAGAAGUGGAGAUAUGCCAGUUACCGGGGUUCUUUCUUGCUCUCAUGUUUUCCAUGCAGAAUGCUUGGAGCAAACAACACCCAAGACACGAAAAAGCGACCCUCCCUGUCCCCUAUGUGCCAAAUUUGAGGAAGAAAAUCUCCAAGAGCAGCAAGGCUUCUCAAGAUUGCGGGCUGGUUUUCCAAGGCUUAGACCAAUUAGUGAUGAUGGGCCAUCCAGGCCUUGGGGCUGUGCACAGGUGGGAGAUUGCGUUGAAGGGGCUUUGCAUGCUCCCCCGCGCAAUAGUAUGCUGUUGCUUAACAGGAGUCGCAUAAAGAAAAAUCUUUCUUUGAAAGGUAAUUUGGGCAAAGAGUUUCCAGGUAAGCUAAGAAAAAUUGGUUCUCACUCUUUGCAGCAUUUGAGUGGAAAAUCAGUCGACCAGGGAGCAGUUGGAAGCUCAAAAUCAAAGAUGACAGCAGGCCCGAGUUUUAAAAACUGAAGAAAACACAUAGCUAACUGGAAGUUUGGAGUCCGAAAUUUUUCUCAAUAGGCGAUCGUUGAAGUCUGCUAAUUGGUUGGAAGUCUCAAUAGAUCGUUAUAUAUCAACCGUGAUUUGCAAAACCUAUCGCCUUGUAUAGAUUCGAUCUUGUGCAAAUUGUGUUGGAAACCCUUUUUGGAAGUAGACAACUGCAGUGUUUAACGUUGUUAUUGUGCCUCUCUAUUUUGGUUGUGAAUGAUUUUUCUUCCCCUUGUGGAAAUGAAUAUCUGAUUUUGUCUGAA